CUCCCUGUGUGUGUGUGUGUGUGUGUGUGUGUGUGUGUGUGUGCGGAUGCGUGAGGGAGGCACUAUGCAGUCAGAGCUCCACACACACAGAGCAUGCUUGUGAGUGCGGGCUCGGGCAAACAUGAGCCUUCCCAGCCCAGAGAUCGUCCACAGCAUCAGCCUGAACUCCCGUCUGAGCCCCCCUCCUCUCUCCCUCUCUCACUGCCUCUCUCUCUCCCUCUCCUCAUCUACUCUCGCCCUGCGCAGCCUCUUCCCCGCCACCUCUCCAGCACCAGCCGGGGGGACAUCUCCCGCUCUCCGCACGCCGACGUUUGCCGAGCGCCGGCCGGCCCCAUGGAGGAACCCCAGGGCAACACACUGGUGGUCCGCAUAGGCAUCCCUGACCUGCAGCAAACGAAAUGCAUGAAGUUUAAUGUGGAGUCUCCCAUCUGGUUGUCUAAACAACGAAUCCUCUGCACACUCAACCAGAGCCUGAAGGAUGUGCUAAACUAUGGCCUCUUUCAGCCUGCGUACAACAGUAAAGCCGGGAAGUUCCUGGAUGAGCAGCGAACACUGAAAGAAUAUCCACUUCCCGACAUCUCUCCUGUCCCGUACCUGGAGUUUCGCUACAAGAGGCGAGUGUACACACAAUCUCACCUGGAUGAAAAACAGCUGUCAAAGCUUCACACUAAGGCUAACUUGAAGAAGUUUAUGGAAUAUGUUCAGCAACGGAACAUUGAGAAGGUAUCAAAGUUUGUGGAGAAAGGGCUCGACCCAAACUUCCACGACCCAGAGACCGGAGAAUGUCCAUUGACAAUGGCGUCACAGCUGGAAGGUUGUGCAGAGCUCAUAAAGGUUCUAAAGAAUGGAGGAGCUCACCUGGAUUUCAGGACCAGAGACGGCAUAACUGCCCUUCACAAAGCAGUCCGCACCAAGAACCACACGGCAAUUAUUACGCUGUUGGAUCUGGGCGCCUCUCCGGAUUACAAGGACAGUCGUGGCCUGACUCCUCUGUAUCACAGCUCUAUGGUGGGGGGCGACCCGUACUGCUGCGAGCUCCUGCUGCAUGAUCACGCUCAGGUGGGCUGCAUGGAUGAGAACGGCUGGCAGGAGAUACACCAGGCGUGUCGUCACGGAUAUGUGCAGCAUCUGGAACACCUGCUGUUCUACGGAGCGGACAUGAGCGCUCAGAAUGCUUCUGGAAACACUGCCCUGCACGUGUGUGCUCUCUAUAACCAGGAUAGCUGCGCACGAGUGUUGCUGUUCAGAGGGGCGAAUAAGGAGAUUAAGAACUACAACAGCCAAACUGCCUUCCAGGUGGCUAUUAUAGCUGGAAACUUUGACCUGGCAGAAAUUAUAAAGACUCACAAAGCAUCAGAUGUUGUGCCUUUCAGGGAAACCCCUUCCUACACAAAUCGCCGGCGCGUGACCGGAGGCGACUCACUGACAUCAUCACGCUUGCUGCCUCGCUCCGCCUCCGACAACAAUCUGAACAACGUGGCUGACACAGGCCCCGCCCACUCGCCCGUGCCAUCUCUGAGGAGCCUGCCCCCUCUGGCGCACACUGGGAUCGACGCGGCGGCCGACGGCAGCCUGCAGAGCACAGGCAGCUCGCUCUCCUCACACUCCCGCUCACCUUCCCUCCAGCGCAUCAGUCAGGAGCCCGGCACGCAAGCAGUACGCCGACACACGCCCCUCACGCACUCCCACAGCCGCGGACGCCUCAGCCCGGGGACAGUCCAACGGGACCCCAGCCCUCCUCCCGCGGGGCCCUCACACACACUCUCAGGAGCCCGGGGCCCUAAACGGAAACUCUACAGCGCCGUGCCGGGGCGCACCUUCAUCGUGGUCAAACCGUACACACCACAGGGAGAGGGAGAGAUCCAGCUGAACCGCGGAGAGAGGGUCAAAGUGUUAAGUAUAGGAGAAGGGGGUUUCUGGGAAGGGACGGUGAAAGGAAGAACCGGAUGGUUUCCUGCAGACUGUGUGGAGGAGGUACAGAUGAGACAGUUUGAUCCUCGACUUGAGACGAGAGAGGACCGAAACAAGAGGCUGUUCCGACAUUACACUGUGGGCUCCUAUGACAACUUUACCUCAUAUAGUGAUUACAUCAUCGAGGAGAAGAACGCUGUGCUCCAGAAGAAAGAGAAUGAGGGAUUCGGCUUCGUCUUGCGGGGAGCGAAAGCGGAAACACCCAUUGAAGAGUUUACACCCACACCUGCCUUUCCUGCACUCCAAUACCUGGAGUCUGUGGAUGUUGAGGGCGUGGCCUGGAAGGCGGGGCUUAGGACUGGUGACUUCCUCAUUGAGGUAAAUAGUGUUAACGUGGUAAAAGUGGGACACAAGCAGGUGGUGUCACUCAUCCGGCAGGGUGGGAAUAACCUCUUGAUGAAGGUAGUGUCAGUCACACGCAAGCCAGAGUCUGAGGAGUCAGUCAGGAAGAAGGCGCCCCUGCCUCCAAAAAGAGCGUCCAGCACCACCCUCACCCUGAGGUCCAAAAGCAUGACUGCUGAGCUUGAAGAACUUGCCUCUGCAAGGAGGAGAAGAGGAGAAAGGCUAGAUGAGAUUUUGGCCUCUCAGGAGACAGUACUGAGGCCAAAGGUAGAAACAGACUACAGAGCAGCCACAGUGAAGCAACGUCCUAGCAGUCGCCGUAUUACACCAGCAGAAAUCAGUUCUCUUUUUGAGCGGCAAGGACUUGCUAUCCAUGGUGCUCUACACCCAGCGUUGGAAAAAGCCCACAUGCAGCUGCCAAAAAGCAUGACUAGAACAAAGUCCUUUGGAGCAACUGAAGAGGAUCGACUGUCUGCCCUGGCAGCGGAACACAGGUUUCCACGGAGCUCCUCCAUGACGGACAGCCUGAGAGACAGCCAUAGUAUCCCUCCACCUCCUCAAAUAGCUCCCCCACCUCCCCCAUCGCUUUACUAUCUAGAUACUGGACCCCCUCCAUCGUUCUGCCCACCCCCUCCUCCUGGCCGCAUUCAUGACCCCAGCCGUUCCAGUUUCAAACCAGGCUCUGAACCAAGACUGCACAUUUUGCCACAGACAAUGUCUGCUGAGCUGUUUGAGCCGCCUCGCCAUGCCUCCCACAUGGAUCGACAGAAAAAAGCCCGUUCCAUGAUCAUCCUGCAGGACUCCACCCACCUUCCCGUGGAGCCUACUGACAUCCCCAGGCCAGGUCCUGUUUCAACUCCACCCGAAAGGAUCAAGCGGAAAGGUCGAGUCAUUGAUAACCCCUACGCCAAUGUGGGCCAGUUCAGUGUGGGCUUAUUCACGCCCCCUCCGAGCAAGCCACAGCGGAGGAAGAGCCCACUUGUAAAGCAACUGCAGGUGGAAGAUGCUCAGGAGAGAGCCUCGCUAGCACUGGCAUCCAUCCAUGCGAGAGAGCACUCUCCCUCUGGGCGCCUAGCUGCCCACCAUACCAGCAGGGCUGAUUUCUAUCAGCAGCAGAAGCAGCUGUUGCAGGAACGCAGUAAAGCUCACGCUGAGGGACUGUUGCAAGGAAAGGGUCCUUUUGCAGCAGCCAUUGCUGAUGCAGUGAAAGACCGGGAACGUCGUCUGGAGGAGAGGCGGAAAUCCACAGUCUUCCUAUCUGUGGGCACUAUGGAGGGCAGUUCGGCACCACCCACAGAAGCCCCUUCACUCACACCAUCCCGUUCGGUGGAUGAACGAAUGCUCACACGUGAACUUGGUCAGUUGCCUCCUCCCGCCUUGGCAUUGCGUCCCUCUCCUGGGGGCACCACCUUCAUUCACCCACUGACAGGCAAGCCCCUGGACCCCAACUCUCCAUUGGCACUUGCGCUGGCCGCAAGGGAACGGGCAUUAACCUCCCAGAGUCAGUCCCCUUCAAGCAGCCCUGAGCCCAGAACUAAACAUGAAGCUGCUGGAGGGAUGCUGUAUAUGGAGACCCAGACCAAAGAGACUGAGCGGUCAGAGCGUGAGGGGGAUUUUGCCUCACCUCCCUUUUCCCCUGCCACAAAACGAAUUUAUGAGACCUCCGCCCCCACCAGCAAAAUUCAGUGGGGAAGUCCCAUAUCCACCAGGAAAGAGUUAGAAACAAGGACAGAAAUGAAGGAAGAAAGGAAAAUUGAGGACAAGAAGAGUAUGAUCAUCAGCAUCAUGGACACAUCCCAGCAGAAAACUGCUGGACUUAUCAUGGUUCAUGCAACGAGUAAUGGGGAGGCAGUGAGGCCCAGCCCAGAGCACAGGGUCUCCUCUCCUAAGGGGUCAUUGUCAGAGAGCCCGAAACCCAUGUUGGCCCAAAUAAAAAGAGCUAAGUCCCCUGGUCCCGAUGCUCCUUCGAGAUCCACCCCACCUCCAACCACAGCUCCAACUUCCCAGCCACCUCCCAGCCCAUCUUCAGAUAAAACCCUGGCACAGGGUAGUUCUGAGGAGGACGUGGAACCCUAUACGGUCACAUUGCCACCUGCCAUGCUUUCUUCCAGUGAUGAGGAGACACGUGAGGAGCUCCGUAAAAUCGGUGUGGUUCCUCCACCAGAUGAAUUUGCAAAUGGCCUUCUUGGAAAGACAAAUGCAACUGCAGUACCUCCUGCCUCUAUGUUGGCGCAGACCACAACUUCUGCCCUGCCCUCAGCUCCACCCCCAUCCCCUGCCCCUCCAGUAGCGCUUGCCACAGCAACACAGGUCCCCGCUAGCAGUGGCCCACAAGCAGCCUCAGGGAAGCUAUCUGAGUCCCACCUGGGCCCAGAGUCUGCUGCUGACUCCGGGGUGGAAGAGGUAGACACUCGUAGCUCCAGUGAUCACCACCUGGAGACCACGAGUACCAUCUCCACUGUCUCUAGUAUGUCCACACUGUCCUCGGAAAGCGGCGAGCCCACAGACACCUACACCACCUACGCAGAUGGCCAGACGUUCAUUCUUGAUAAGCCGCCAGUGCCUCCAAAGCCAAAGCUCAAGUCCCAGCUCAGCAAGGGCCCGGUGACGUUCAGGGACCCCCUGCUUAAACAGUCAUCUGAUAGCGAACUGCUCUCACAGCAGCACGCGGCUGUGCUGGCUGCUGCUGCUGCGGGAGCCUCAGGCCUGGCCAGACCCCGCUACCUCUUCCAUAAACGCUCCAAGUUAUGGGGGGACCCCGUGGAACCCCGUGUACUUUCGGGGGCAGAGGAAGGAAAGCCCACUGUGAUAAGUGAGCUCAGCUCACGGCUGCAGCAGCUGAACAAGGACACCCGCUCACUUGGGGAGGAGCCGCUCGGAGCUUCACUUGACCCCGGAAGAAAAUCACCCGUGGUCGGUGCAAGACUCUUCAGCAGUCUGGGGGAGCUCCAUACUAUCUCUCAGAGAGGCUACGGCACCACCUACACCAUCAGACCAGGUAGCCGCUACCCAGUGACCCGGCGGACACCCAGUCCCGGUUCCCCAGACCGCUCGGAUCCUCUGGGACCCAUCCGGGGCUUUGGUCUGGCCACUUCUCCCAUCACACCCCCCACAAUCCUUAAGUCGUCUAGCCUCAGUCUCCCUCACGAACCUAAAGAAGUGCGUUUUGUCAUGAGGAGCUCCAGUGCGCGGAGUCGUUCUCCCUCGCCUGCCCCCUCCCCGGGCUUGCCCUCCCCCCUGCUCACCCUACGGCCAUUCCACCAGAAGCCCCUCCACCUGUGGAACAAGUACGAUGUUGGCGACUGGCUGGCCAGCAUUAACCUGUCUGAACACCGGGAGCAAUUCCAAGAGCAUGAGAUCGAGGGCUCCCAUCUGCCUGCUCUGACCAAGGAGGAAUACGCUGAGCUGGGCGUGACGCGCGUCGGUCAUCGCAUGAACAUCGAGCGCGCCCUUAAACAGCUGCUGGAGAGUUGACCACGCGCCUCCCUCUACCUGUAGCUAGUCUCAACACAGUUUUCUUUUCUUUUCUUAUUUAAUUUGUUUGUCUUGUUUUUUGUUUUGUUUAUUUUUCAAUUCCUGAGCUUUACAUCCGAAGUGUGUCAUUUCGAUGUUAAAACACUUAUCCUAUUACACACUUUUCGUGAAAAACGAAUCACUGGGGUGGUACUAAAAGAUAUUAAUAUCUACCAUUAGGUACUAAUAUGAACAUUUUUGGUACUAAUAUGUAAGGAAGUGGUGUCUAAAUUUGCUCUUUGAGGGCAACUUUCCUGGAGUUUAGCUCCCACCAGUUUCAACACACUUUGUUUCUAGUGAUUCUUUAGACCAUCAUUAGCUGUUUCAGAUCUGGUUAACUGGAACUAAAGAUAAACUCUGCUGACAAGUCGCCCUCCAGGAGCAGGAUUGGACACCCCUGCUUUAAGGUACCAUUAUGCUUCCUU